AUGGGAACUACAGAGCAAUUAGCUGAGCUGAUAUCAUCGCUGGAGCAAGCAACUCUCGUGGCGCAGCAAAUCGGAACCGCCGUGGAACAAAACCAGCUCCUCCAAAUCUCCUCCUCUCUCCGCACAGCCCACCACCGCCUCUCCGCCUUCCUAUCCACCAUUCCACCGGCGGCAGCUGAGAAGUCUCUCUCCUCCGUCGAACCGAUGCAAUUAGGGGAGGAAGAGGGGAACGGCGAGGCUGAGAAGAGAGAUUCGGCGGUGGAGAAGGUGGAGGAGAAGAUGAGAGAGUGUUUCAUUAGGAACAAGAGAGCCAAGCGGCCACUGUCACCAUCGUCGGCCUUGGUGGAGACUUCGGCGACGGAAGAGAGAAGUAGCCGUGAGUAUGGGUAUGAUUUCGAUCCACAUGCCUCCAAGUUGAGAGCUUUGGAUCUUAUCUACCAAUUUCAUGGAUGA